AUCGGUCGUCACCAAAGGCCAGAACCAAGCGGGGGCGCGGAAAGCUCCACCUCCCAAGACCCUUUGGUAUCCCAGAGCGGCAUUCAACACACUGGGGAGUCUGGAUUCAAGCACUGGGAUAACAAUACAAGCGAUUCAACUUCUAAUAUCUAUGAUCUUCCUUCUUCAGAUGAGGACGAACAUCGCCUUCUAAGGAGGAAACGGAGGCGAUAUGGAACGAAGUACGAAGGAAUCAAUACCCAACCAGCUACAACCGAGCAUGCGCAACCAGCGGCUCAUUCUAGCGAAGUCUUUUCUGAGAGAUGCUCGCCCGCCAAGUCAAGGCUGGUCAAUAUUCCACAACCAAGCAAGACCGAAAGAUUACAACCCAAACAACUACCGGAGACGAAAAGAAUAUCAUCAAGAUCAAAGGCCUCACAAGCGCAAACAAGCCGUCCAGCUAGUGGACGUGCACGGCACGAGCGCGUUGAUAACAAAAGGCAUACAAAAAGUGUUGACACUGGCCGUCCCCCUUCACAGAAUCAAAGACCCACCACCCCGGAAAACAGAUCUCCCAAGGAUGCAGUUUUGAUAAACUCUACCCCAGGGCGCAGAAGAUUGAUCGACUCAUUGGGUACACAGAGCUUGCCAAGCGAUAGGUCACCAACUACAUCCCAUACACCGGCCGAAAAUCCACUAUCUUCCCCAGAACUUCCUCAUACGCCCCCUCGACCCCUGCAAAGUGUACAGGCCGAGGAUCAACGCGAGGAGACUGGCUUGGGUGUCAACAUAACCGUCUCUCCACAUUUACAAGGAUCGAAGGUCACAUAUGCUCAGCAGCGCUCUUUUCUAGAUGAUAUGCCUUUGGAGACAAGUCUUUCAUUGUCUAACAUUGAGCUAGGCAUAGAACAACCAACACAGAAGACUGAAGGACUCCGGAGUCCUAGGGAGCCACCACAUGCUCGUCUUAUCGCUGUCGAGGAUUUGGGCCAUGACGAUGGAACUGUUCGAAGCAUACAUGAAUUACGGCAGGCUGGAGGAAAUGCUCGUUUUCGAGCUACCAUUGAAUCUAUCUUCGAGGAUAUUGAAGACACUAAAACGUCGAUCUCCGGCCGUUGCAGCUCAUUUGUUCAGCUGUGCAGCAAACUGAUGGAACCCAAACUUGCUCGGCAAUUUGUCGAAUGUAACUUCGACCGAAGAUUGUUAGAUUGCCUUUCAAGGGACUUCGAUAUGACUUCAGCAGCUCUUGCCCUGUGUGUCUUCAGUGUCAGCUCAGCUGUACGGCCCAUGCCAUAUAUCGUCGCAAAAAGCGCAUUGCCCAAACUUCUGGAGAUAUCUGGCCCCAUGUUGGAUACAUGCGAGACCGUUGAUUCUGUCGCACAAGAUCCAGGAAAUCGCGUUUCCAAGGCCGUCCAGGUGUCCGUCAAAGACAUGUUAUCUCAGAUAUCCCCUGUCUUGUUUCUUGACACGCCCAUCACUGAUGUCUCUCCUCGUCUCGUGGCCUUAAAGUGUCUCAAGAUGACACUUUCAAAAAUCCAGGAAAGUGGCGAACCUCACGAGACCAUUCCUACUUUUAUCUUGAGAAAAGUAGUGGACUUAUUACUAGCAGAAACUUCUCCCCCUGCAAGCAGAAAUUUACACUUUUCACCUUCCAGUGCCCAAACUCUGACUUUGGGCCUAUCGAUUCUGGAAUUGCAUACGACGUCCCGCGCUUUGCAAAAAGAGGACCCUGAUUUCUUGGGUUCCCUCUCGGGUUUGCAACGUUUGCUUCAGGUCCAGGAUAGCAAGUUGGAUUCAAUCAUUGAAGAUAUCCAAACGUUGUAUAUUCGAGUGGUUCUGAACGUGACAAAUAGCAAUCCUUUGCUGUGUGAUGUUUUUGCAACACGAGUGAUGAUUACUGAAUUGACCAAGGUUGCGAUCACCAAUUUCAAGGAUCUCACCAAAGAGUCACCCCCGGAGGAAACCAGUGCUUUAGACCGGGUGAUCUUAUCGCUCGGGGCGCUAAUAAAUCUCACGGAGCAAAGUGAAACUUCUAGGGUCGUCUUUCUGAAACAUACACAUGCCAGUCAGACUCUCCUUGGUCAAUUGCUACGUCUUUUCUUGGCCCAUGUCUAUUCUACCUCAGAGGCCCAUUCCGUUCCCGAGCUAAACCACAAUGUUGCCGUGGGUUAUCUAGCAGUUCUCCUCCUGUCACUAUGCCUCAAUGCAGAAGCGAGAGCUGAGAUCAAAAAGCAACUGCAAUCUAGGGGCCUGGAAACUGUCAUGUCGACGGUGGAAGAGUUUCAACAGUACUAUCGCAAAAUUGAACAGGAAUCUCGUCCGUCGUCCGCCCAAGAAGAGACAAGUGCGUUUCAUAUUAGGUUGCAGGACUUGAUGAGCCAGAUCCAGCAAAUCGAGGCAUGA